UCAAGUCUUUAUUGAAGAGGCGGCUGUGACAAAGGGAGAGCAUAUCAACAGGUGGGGAAGGGGAGAUGAAAAAAGGUCACAACAUUGCUGACACGUGUUCCUAAGCAAUAAAAAACAUAUUGGGUUUAUAAAUUCACUUUACACGCAAAAAGGAAGGUAAUAUCCAGUAUUUGUAGCACUGUGAUACAUCAAGACGUGCUCAACACGAGUUGCUCUCGUUUGGGUCAGAAACCUUGUCGUGAGGUUAUACAAUACCGCCCUCUGGUGGUAUUAUUAACUCGCGUCUCUGCUCACUUUUAACCCACUGCUGUAUGCGGUCAAACUUCAACCUACGUGAGAACAUUUUGUCCCAUUUGCUUAAUAAAGAUAAAAUAAAAAAACAAAACAAUUCCUAUAAUAUUCAUAUUUAAAUCUGCACGACUAGUGGAGCUGUUCUCGGUGUUCCAAAAGUUGAUUAAACGUAACAUAGCAUAUAUACAGUAUAUCACACAUGCAGAGCUUUUCUUUCUGUCUUCUUCCAUCUUGUUGCCUAUGCGGCUCUGCGUGUGACUGUAACAUCGUUUCGGUUUUUAUUGUUUUUGACUGCACUUUGUUCAGUUAGGGACUGAGGGAGCAGGGACAAAGUUCACAGGGUGACUAUAAGGGGGAGGUGAAAGGGAGGAAGGUGAAAAAAAAAUUGACCUUUGAAAGCAAAACAGCAGGUGGAGAGCUAAAAACCAGGCAACUCAGAGAGGGAAGUCAAACAGGGGAAAAUGAAACUGUACCAUGUCUGCUUUUGAUCCGAAGGAGGACUAGACACACACACGAGGCCCGACAUGCUGAGCGUAUGUAUGGCCGCAGAUAUAGUGGGGUAGUGCGUGUGAGCGCAGUGUGUUUGCCCAAGCGGCGGAGUAAUGGAGACAGAGGAAAGCAGCGGGGGAGCCGGGAACAGACCCGGCCGUCUGUCCGCCCUUCAGGAGCAGCUUCUCUGGGCUCUUCUGAGCUCUGGUCUGUCUCGGGACGUCCUGGUCCAAGCCCUGGGCGAACUGGAGAAAGAAAGAGUCACCGCCGGGGCGGAGAAAGGAGAGAGAGGGGACGGAGAGAGCUCAGAGGAGGGAGAAAUGGAUCCACCACCCAUAUUCAGGGAGCUGGAGAAACUUCCACCUGAGGAGUCGGCGAGACUGAAGGCUGAAGUGGACCAGCUGCUGCAGGAGGACCCAUGGCGCGUUGCAAAGGUAGUGAAGAGCUACAUGCAGCAGCACAACCUCCCCCAGAGAGAGGUGGUUGAAUCCACCGGCCUAAACCAGUCACAUCUGUCCCAGCAUCUCAACAAAGGCACACCUAUGAAGAACCAGAAGCGAACCGCUCUGUACUGCUGGUAUGUCAAGAAGCAGUGCGAGAUAAGCCAGCAGUUUACCAAUGCCAGACAUGGCCUUGCAUCUGUCGAUGAACCAGGAGAGGAGGUCAAGAAAGGGCGCAGGAACAGAUUCAAAUGGGGACCAGCCUCCCAACAGAUCCUCUUCCAUGCAUACGAACGACAGAAGAACCCGAGCAAAGAGGAGAGAGAGGGCCUAGUGGAGGAGUGCAACAGGGCAGAGUGUCUCCAGCGGGGUGUGUCUCCCUCCCAGCUGGCUGGCCUCGGCUCUAACUUGGUCACAGAGGUCCGGGUCUACAACUGGUUCGCCAACCGCCGUAAAGAAGAGGCCUUUCGCCACAAACUUGCCCUCGAUACACCUUUUACCCCCCAUUCUGCCAGCUCCUCCAACCAAACCCUCCCACCAAGUCCCGGGCACGGUAUGAAGUACAACCAACACAUCUCAUGUGACAACAUAGGAUCAGCCAGGGGGAAUGGUGUGGACAGAGGUUUGGGCGGACGCUUAGUAGCCAGCCCUGUCCAGCUGGAGCCAAGCCACACACUCCUGGAGACACAUAAUCCCAAACCUGUGAGAGCAUCUCUCACGGCCUCUAGUUAUCAUAAAUUAGCGGUAACAGCUGGUGGCCCUCUCCCUCCUGUAAGCACUCUGACGUCACUGCACAGUCUGUCCGCCUCACCGGCGCCCCCCCAUGGCCUCAUCAUGGCCUCCCUACCAAGCGUCAUGAGUCUGGGAGAGUCCUCUCUUCUCAUAGGUUUGGCAUCCACUCAGGCACAGACUGUACCUGUUAUAAACAAUGUGGGCGGCAGCUUCACCACUCUUCAGCCAAUCUCAUUCCAGCAGCAGCUUCACGCUUCCCCCCAGCAGCAAAUAGCACAGCAGCUCCCGAGUCACCUCGGACCCAGUCCAUUCAUGACGAGCAUGGCACAGCUGCCAUGUCAUAUGUACAGCAAGUCUGAAAUGCCACAAUACCCCUCAUCCAGCUUACUGUCCCAAGCCAUGGUCAUCACCGACAGCAGCAGUUUAGGAACGUUGACCAGCUUCACUGCUGUCAGACAGAUCCUAUCAGCUGAUCCAGAGGAACAGACAGACCCACCAAUACAGGAAGAGUCUCUUCAUCUGCAGUCCCCCACACCUGUACCAGUUUCUUCGGAAAACAUCGAACUAUACUCUGCUCCACAGACGACGGAAAGCCAUCGCUCUCACCUCCUGUCACCUUCACCGACGGACAUCAGCUCGUAUAUUCCCUCACAGAUGGUUUCUACUGCACAGUAGCUGUCAGGUCACACAGCAUCACUGUGACGACGUGAACCUCGGGCCAGAUCAGAUUUAUAAAAUCAAGAGAUUCUAGUGUCUGGUUUGGUGGACUUACUUCAGUCCUGAUGGCGGGAUGGAGGACUAGCGCUGCUGUUAAUAUCUGGAGGCUGCAUGAAAUCUGAUGUGGCUCUCUGGGCUCACUGCCCCACAGCGAGGGGCUGGACCCGAAUGGGGCCUCGGGGAGAAACCAAUUUUAUUUUUAAAACCAACACAAGAGAAAAUUAACGAGAACUACUGGCCUGAGUAAUUGCACUUUUGAUAAUAGGACCAAACAAGAAAAAUCCAUUUCAAAUCGAAUGGAAAAUGUAUUUUAUUAAAAAUAAAUCUUGUAAUGUAUAUUCAUAAAGUUUACAUUCAGAACAAACUUGUAUUAACUGCAUCUUUACAAAGAGGGCUGUCUACUGUCACUGCAUUGGAUUAAAUCGGAUUAAGGAUAAUCUGACACUCAUUUCAGAAAGGUACUUCCUUUUUUCCAGGUUUUUUUUUUCAUCCACACAGAACAGUCUUUCUGAAAGCGUAGAUUGUUUCAAGAUUAAGUGUUCUGUGGUGGAAAAAAAAAGUUUGUAUCCAAGCUUGGUUUUUCUAUGACAGGACCGAACCAGACACUGUGACAGGAAUGUCAAACAAGAUGCUCCAAAUUAUCCUCAAAGGAUUUAGCCAACAUUACUUUACCAUCCAAUAAUUUCAGCUCAUUCUUGCAACGUAACCU